AUGCUGUUCCAUGAAACUGAUGCUUGGAGACGACGACGACGAAGAUGGUUUCGCCGAAGAAGAAGGUACCAACGGCCACCGCCACCACCACCUCCACCGCCACCACCUCCGCCACGACCGCGACCGCGACCGCGACCGCCGCCGCCACCGCCACCACCUCCACCACCGCCACCACCACCGCCACCACCACCGCCACCGCCACCACCUCCGCCACCACCUCCGCCGCCGCCACCUCCAACAACGCCGCCACCACCUCCGCCACCGCCACCACCUCCACCGCCGCCACCUCCAACAACGCCGCCACCACCAUCACCACCAACAAAGCCACCACCGCCCUGUGAUUCAUCAAGACCACUGUGGCACAACAAGUGGAAACAGUCGUUUGGGGUUAAAUGCCCCACAGGUAGGCCGUUUUAGUGGUACACAAGCCAUGGUAAACAAUUACUUUGUGGUUCAGACUACCUAUUUCAGUUUUGUAAUAAUUUGAAUUAACUCGCAUUUACAAAAGUUAGAAAAAUUGCAUGGCGCCAUCAUGAUCAGUUUCUAUGGAGACGCGAGUGGAGACACGCGUGAAGAAAGCGCGAGGAUACGCGCGUGGAGAAAUCUCAUCAGUCUAUCGGCCUUAACAAAAAAAAUUGUCAUCCUGUAAUUUCUCCCUUGUCUGGUGGCGCAUUAAAAAGUUCUGUUUUUGAGAAAAAACCUCCAAAAAUCGUUUUUGAUUACCAAAAUAAUAUAAAAACUAAAGAAGUGAAACACGGCUAAUAAGAAUGAAUCGUUUGUUUUGAACACCAGGUCUUACCCCUCAAAAAAGUUAUAAAAGGUUAACCAUUUGGCGUAUAAGGCCAAAAUAUACAAAAGUUAGAUAUAUUUUCCGCAAAAGCACCACCCGUUUUUUGUCUGACCCUUUGGUAAUAGAGAUUCACCGGUAGCGAUGGCCUGGCAAAACGAUUUUCAAAAGAAAACCUUCAUUUCAUUUGCAGGGUAUUCCAUGAACGUGUGGUUGAGUAUUUACAGAAAGUGCCAAAAAGACCGCAUCUUCUACUUCAGAUGCCAUCGCAUCCGGAAUGAAACGUACAACGAGAAAUUCUGUCAUUGGACUAAACCAGAUUCAGCUGUUAAACAAGAUAUGAAGUUCAACUGCCCUCGCAGAGGUACUAUCACUGGCAUGCGUUCUCUCUUUAAUGAAUCCUCAAGCGACCGAAGGUAUGACACGUGUCUUGAUAAUACAACCAUAACCACCAUCAAAAACAACAAAAAAAAAAUUACUGAUCUCUUUUGCAAGCGCAGUCUUUUCAGGCAAGAAAGAUUUGCUUAAAUUCUCUUGAGGAUAACGAUAUGCGCUCAGUAAAAUAACUUAAAAGAAGAGAGAGAAAAAGAAUACUGGACUGCUUAUUAUUACACUAAUGGAUUACUUCUUUGGCUACUCUGAGGUUUGAGUAUGAACAGGGAAAAGCCGUUCUUUUUUGUGUAAUCAUAAAUUCAUGCUGAACUUACUGCCGUGAUUACAAAAUUAAAUUUUCGCCUUGUUUGUGUGUGAAAGGAGAGGAGAUCACAGACAGCUUUAUUUUUUUAACAUUUAAAAAUAUCGAACUUUCGCUAAACCUUCUUGGAAUUUAAAUGUUAAUCUUUUUAUUUAUUGAGGCAAAAUGGCAAGUGCCGUUAUUUCGAGGCUGAGCUCACUUUUUUUGUCUCGUCCCUAUUAUCUGAACAUAACAUAACCUGUAACAACUUUAUUUAAUUGUCGAUGUGUUUAGUUAAUACAAGCUAAUUGGGGACACAAAGAACGUCUGUUGAGCAGGCAAAAAAUAUUACUGUUGUGAGUUAGCACUGGGUGACUUAAUUGUAUAGAAGAAAUUUCCUUACACAUUUGAUUUUUAGUUGUUUAAAAUCAUCCUCCUCUCAUUUAUUUAGGGUUUCCUUCAAGUGUUGUAUUUCCAGUGAGUUCGCAGAGCCUGUUAAAUGUCUAAAAACACCGUAUAUGAACAAGUUCGGUGGGCUUUUGGACUAUGUUGUGCCACAUGGUUACAAGCUGGUUGGCAUAAGGAGCAAGUAUUCGGGGAACAGCUCUUCCAGGUUAGUAGGACUAAAAACUAAUACGCGUAAAGAAUACUACAUACACCUUGUGCUUUUCUUACGCAACCAAACAGCACAACGUGGGAUUUCCGUCCUCGAGCCUAAAGACCCGAGAAAUUCCACACAGCUGUCCACUUCACUUUUUUUGCUUAACUUUUGCAAAUAUAUCUCCGUUAACUACAGUCAGCGCUUGGGCGCUGUAUUUUCGUUAUUUUUCAUAAAUUCCUGCUAUGAUAAGCUGUAAACUUCACACAAACCUAAAGAGACUUAAAGACAUUUCCUUCUUGCCCUUUGUGCCCAGAGCCUAUGACUAACUAUCCUUUUUAACUUUUCAGCCUCAGUGACCGCCGUUGGAGGUUUAAAAUCUGCAAAAGAUGUGAAAAAUCUGACGACUGUAAAGCCGGAUGA